AUGGCUAAACAGAUCGCACACAAAUGCUACAAGUGUUUCAGAAUGAAAGCUCAAACGAUUAACCCUAUCAUGGGUCAGUUGCCGGAGCAGCGACUCGACCCAGGUUACCCGUUUCAAACAACAGGCGUAGAUUACUGCGGUCCUUUACAAGCUGCCGAUAGGAAAGGACGUGGAUCUAAAACUAUCAAGAAUUUCUUAAAACAAGAAUCUCUAAAUUUAGCUCAGUAUAUGGCAAACGAAGGCAUAGACUUUAAGUUCAUACCCGCCUAUACUCCUCAUUUUGGAGGCAUAUGGGAGGCGGGCGUUAAAUCUGUUAAAUACCAUCUAUUGAGAGUAUUAGGAAACGCUCGUUUAACAUUUGAAGAAUUAUAUACAGUUUUAGUUCAAAUAGAAUCAAUAUUGAAUUCUCGUCCUCUAUCACCAAUUUCCUCAGAUCCUAACGACCUUACUCCUCUCACUCCUGGUCAUUUUCUAGUUGGACGUCCUUUAACAGCGCUGCCUACAUCUAGCCUAAUCAACGUAAAUCCCAAUAGACUACAACGUUGGGAACUAGUAGAACAGCUACGUCAGAAUUUUUGGAUACGCUGGCAGAAGGAGUACGUGUCUGAACUUCAACAAAGGACCAAGUGGAAGACUUCUAAGGGCGAUCUGAAGGAAGGGACAAUGGUCGUGAUCAAGGAUGAUGCACUGCCUCCGUUGAAGUGGAGCCUUGGACGAGUUCGUCGAGUGUUCCCAGGUCCUGACGGAGUUAAUCGUGUUGCAGACAUAGAAACCACUAAAGGCCUGACAAGACGAGCAUUCAAUAAAAUUUGUCCACUACCAAUCAAUGAGGCUGUUGAAACCCAAGAUUUCAACGUCGGGGGGCAUGUUAAGGAUCAGCGCGGGACGGGGGAGAUGAGCGCCCCACCGCGGUCGACAGACGAGCUAGCUCAUUAG